AUGUCCUCCGUCACCCUCCAGCGCACCAUCUCUUUCCAAGCCGAUACGAAAGACCCAUCUUCUGAGUCCACCUCGUACGAGCCGGGAAACAUGAGCACAACCAAGACUGGCCGACGGCGUCGUUCUAGCAGUAUAAUAUACCAGGAGCCACCGGAGUCGCAGGAACAACUGGCAGAUCAAUCGGCGCUGCCGAAUCUGAACUCACAAUGGUCAAUGCAAAAGGUAGGCUCCCCAGGCUCGCCUUCUCAUGCAGAAGCUGACAACGAGACAGGUGCCUGGACAAUACAUCCAGUCCUGAUCCUGUUACUGAAAGUCCUGUUCGAUGUGAUGCCCGGAAUGACACAAGAAGUAUCCUGGACGUUGACCAACAUCACCUACAUGGCUGGCUCAUACCUCAUGUUCCACUACGUCCGUGGCAUCCCCUUCGAAUUCAACGCGGGAGCCUAUGAUAACCUCAACAUGUGGGAGCAGAUCGACAAUGGGGAUCAAUACACGCCAGCGAAGAAGUUUCUACUCUCAGUGCCCAUUGUGUUAUUCCUCCUCAGCACCCAUUACACCCAUUAUGACUUGACUUACUUCACCGUCAACUUCAUGGCAUUGAUGGCGGUCGUCAUUCCGAAAUUGCCACAGUUCCACAGAGUCCGGAUCGGUAUAUUCUCACAGCCGGAAGAUUGA